CGCAGUGCGGUGCAGGCGGCGCGGACGGAGGCGGCGGGAGCAGCCCGUUCCCGGUGCGGGGCGCGUGAGCGGGGCCGGGAGCGGGCCCGGGGAGCGCCCGGCUCUCCUCACGGGGCUCCCGCACUGCCACCACUCCAUGUGAUGUCCAGGGUCAGAAAUGCCUUAUGUGGAUCGCCAGAAUCGCAUCUGUGGUUUCUUAGACAUUGAGGAAAAUGAGAAUAGUGGGAAAUUCCUGCGGCGGUACUUCAUCCUGGACACGCAGGAGGACAACCUGGUGUGGUACAUGGAUAACCCACAGAAUCUUCCCUCUGGAUCUCCACCUGUUGGGGCCAUUAAACUUACCUAUAUUUCAAAGGUUAGCGAUGCAACUAAGCUGAGGCCAAAGGCAGAGUUCUGUUUUGUUAUGAAUGCAGGGAUGAGAAAAUACUUUCUACAAGCCAAUGAUCAGCAGGACCUAGUUGAAUGGGUAAAUGUUCUGAACAAAGCUACCAAAAUCACAGUACCAAAGCAGUCUGAUCCUCUCUGCCAAAUGGAUCAUGCAAAUCGUCAAGCUGAAAGCCCAGGUGGAAAGAAGCAAGUCUCUUACAGGACAGAAAUUGUUGGUGGUGUUCCCAUCAUUACACCCACCCAGAAAGAAGAAGUCAGUGAGGGCAGUGAAGGGGCUGACAGGAAUUAUUUGAAGCGGUCACAAAGUCACCUUCCUUAUUUUGCUGCUAAGCAUCCCCCAGAUAAUGCCAUUAUCAAAGCUGGUUACUGUGUCAAACAAGGAGCAGUGAUGAAGAACUGGAAGAGAAGAUACUUUCAAUUAGAUGAAAACACAAUAGGAUAUUUCAAGUCUGAACUGGAAAAGGAACCUCUCAGGGUUAUACCACUUAAGGAGGUCCAUAAAGUUCAGGAAUGCAAACAGAGUGAUAUAAUGAUGAGAGACAAUCUCUUUGAAAUUGUAACAACUUCUCGAACCUUUUAUGUGCAGGCAGACAGCCCCGAGGACAUGCACAGCUGGAUCAAGGCCAUUUCUGGGGCCAUCGUAGCGCAGCGGGGACCGGGCAGAUCGGCAGCUUCCGUGACUCUAAUCUUAGCUUUGCACUGUGUUCCAGAUGCGGCAGGCCAGAAGGCUGUCGAAUCCUUGUAUACAGAGGAGCAUCCCGAGCCUUCUCCCGAGCCCGGCCAUGCUGUCCGUGCUGCCGGCGCAGCCGCAGCCAGCUCACAUUCCACAGCCCCUCACGGCAGCCCUCUGGCCCCAGCCCCUCACCCCAAACCCCCUGCCUUGGAGAAGCGAGGAUUUCACGAGUCUUUUACCAAGGCCAAGCCAAGGAGCUACAAGAUCCAGGCUGUCGCUCCAAGAGAAUCAACUUCCAAAGUGACUGACCGGGGCCCCUGGGAACCCCGGAGCAAAAAUGGCACUCAGGAACAGGAUCCUGGCCUUGUGGAUCUGGAUGAUGCAAGCCUUCCAGUUAGUGAUGUGUAGGGAUGGAAGCGUUUGGAGAAUGAUCCAUUUGUUCGGUCCUUUAAUUUCCUUGCUCGGACUUUGAACCAAAGAAAAUUCCAGGAAAUGAGAACAAAAAAAACAAAAACAAACCGGAGCACUGCUGUUAUAUAUAUGUGUGUGUGUGUUCCUGUGCACACAUGGGUAUAUAUAAUGUGUUUGUGUGUUGCCUUUCAGCUGAGGGUCAGAGAUGGACCUUAGGCAUUUUCUCAAAGCCUGAUAGUAAAUCACUUACUAGGGAGGGGCCAAACUGCACAGUUUAGGAAAAAAAACCAACCCAAAAUGCAUUAAACAAAAAGAAAAGUACUUCUGCAAGUAAGCAAGGUACCAGCAACUUCUAAUUCCUAAUCUGGCAGGUUUACUAAAUUUGCAACUAAUGCUCUGUUUUGGAGAACUUGUUGCCAACGAAUGUGAUUAUUUAAUUUAAUCUUAAACUACAGUAAGAUUUUAGGCAUAUAUGAGAAUAUUUUCUCUCCAUGAAUUCCAGAUACCAGGAAAUGCACAAAAUGUUUCUUCUGUUCUUUAAGAUCAACAGUGUCAACUGAUUUGUUAUCAGAACAAGAAUUCUGAACUCCCUUGGAAUUCUAGUUAUGGUGCUGUAAAAUUUCCACUAAAAUAAUAUUUUGAAUAGUCAGCCUAUUUUUGAUGCACUCCUAAAGGUGGGUUAUAACUUUUUGCACAUUUGGAUUUCCACGGACUGCAUGUAUUGGUGUUUUGGAGGGGGGGAGAAGAGAAUUUGGACUUUGGAAUUUGGACACUUUAGAUCUUUUUAACUAAGUAGGGUUUAUGUUGUGUUACAUUAGGCUUUGCAGCAAUUAUGUUUUCUUAAAUGUUUAAAUGUAUUGUUUGGUUACUGUUUUGAGAAUGAUUUCCUUCCCAGUGCUUUGUGAGCAGUUCUUGUUUCUGUAUUGAUCAGUGGAAGAGCUCCUUUAAUUGUGUUGUUAUUGGUACUGAACUGUUCCUAGUCCUGCAAUCGUGGCCUAUAACUUUUGGUGCACUAAGAAUCUGAAGUGCCUGUGUUUUCUCUCACGUUGUUGAAACACUUUUGGGUUAGUAAUGUACACAGACCAUUCUUACUGGGUUUGAGCGUUGGCUUGGAGUUGCUCUGGAUAGCAUAGCUUGAAACAGCAUUUUAAAAUAAGGUUUAUGCCAGGGGUACCAGUGUUCUGGUGUUGCACCCACUGCUGUGCAAUAUGUGUUCUUAAAAAGUGAGUAUUUGUUGUUUGUGUACAUUGUGUUAUGGGGCAUCAGUGAUGCCAGCGAGGAGAACCUUUACAUUUCAAGCAUUGGAUUAGGUGGUGUGUACUUUUCAUCAUUUUUGGAAAAAAACCAUUUGCUUUAAUCCCAACCCCACAAAUAUCUCAUGCUGCUGCUUACUGUGAUCCCGUUGUAAAAUAAUGAAGCCACAGGGGCUAGCUUCUUAGCACAGCUGGUUCCCUGUAGGGUUAAAGUGCCCCAGGCAAGCAGUCUCCAGUCCAGAUACCUCAGCCCUCUGCAGGCUGGGGUGCCCUAGGCCAGACUGCAGCACAGCUGUGGCCCCUAGCAAGCUCAGUGAUUGUCAGCUCUCAGUGAAAUCAGCUCUUUUAUGGUUUCAGCUCUUAGCUUGCUGGCAGGGGCUGUGGCUGGCCGUGGCUCCUGGAAGGCAGACGAAGAGAGAGGAGAAGGUGGCUUCAGAAAAUUCCACGAUGGUUUAUUCUGAGGGUCUCACGAAGGGUCCCAUAGCAGCUCUUCUAAAGGAAUGGGCCAAGACAGCUUCUUUUAUAGGGUUAGGGAGGAUUGAAAACUGACCAAUUGUAAGGGUUAGGGAAACUAGCCUAUGGGGUCACAGAGAGAUGAGCAGGCCUGGAGGACCAGAGUGAGGACUCCUGGUUCAAUUCCUAUGACUCAGCAAAUACCUAUCUCUAAACAUCCCUCCACAGAGCCGUAGCCAGCCCUGUGUCUGCUACACCAAUUGUCCAGCUUUGAGAGACUUUCUUUGUCUGCUGGAACCUAAGAUACAUAUCAGGCAAGUCCAUCUUCUCUCCAACUUCCAAACUGACUUCCUGCUUGAGAGAUAUGGAUGGCUUUACCACAGCAAUUUGUUGAUCCCAGGACAGAAUAAUUGGUGUUAUAUAAGAAUGGAAUAUAAUGAAAUUCAAAACCUUAAAUUAUAUCAGCACCUUCUUUUGGUUUUGGGGUUUGUUUUUUUUUUUAUCCAUAAGCUAACUAACCACUGUCUCAAAGCAGUGGUGUCUGUAAAUUACUGGUUUUGUUUGACUUUAGAUAUAUGUGAAAACUAGCACAGAAUUGGAAAUUACUGUAAAUGUCUGUACUAGUAUUGUAGGUUUUAAUUUCUAUAAAAAUAAACCAUUAGCUCUUUAAAAGCUUAUUUUUUCACAAGUACAUUCUUUGUGGAAGACACUUUGCAUUGUAAUAUUUUUACUGUAGUCUAACAUCUGAAAUCACUUGCUCUGGUACAGCUUUCACACUGCAUGGUCAUUUUAUUGUAUUUUGGUAUUGGCAAUUUUACACAUUGGGUGGAGGUAAAGCAGCUCCAUUAUGGGACUUUAAAAAAGAGGGUAAAAGAGAAAAAAUGAAAAAAGAAAUGAACUACUGUUGUAGUUCGGUAGCAUAGGGAAAUAUUUGUGGUUGGUCACUGUCAGGGUCUCCUAUUUAUCAGUACUUUUAUAAAUCUAUGAAAAUUGUUAAAUUAUUUUAGAAACAGUGCUGUAAAUAUGUCACAUUUAAAUUGUCAAUAAAUCAGUUUGGGUAACUUAA